GACCAGUGAAGAUUGGCAAGGUCCAGAACAUUGUCUGCCAAGUCUGUAUCCCUGCCCCCAAGAUCGAGCUUGCCAGGGACUGUCAUCCUUGACAGAGGAUCUUUGUCAGACUAGUUGCUACUGAUCCACCAACUAUGAGAGCUUGUAAGAAGUACUGGUAUGACAGACCUGGAGAAUGUCUUCCAUUUUUCCACAGAACAGGAUUAAUUCAGAAGAUUCAUCCUCUGAUAGAAAGACGUUAAUUGCCAAGUGACAUCUGCUCAAUCAGUUGCUGUCUUCCAAGAAACAAUACAGCUUAUUCAUUGCAAUAACUGCUUCUUGCAAACACUGAAGUUUAUUUGUGUAGAAGUUCCUUGAAGACUUGUGUCAAAUGACGUCAAUGGCCAGUUUGUUCUCUUUUACUAGCCCAGCUGUAAAGCGUCUGUUGGGCUGGAAACAAGGAGAUGAAGAGGAAAAAUGGGCUGAAAAAGCUGUUGAUGCCUUGGUAAAAAAGUUAAAAAAGAAAAAAGGUGCUAUGGAGGAAUUGGAGAAAGCCUUGAGCAGUCCUGGACAGCCCAGCAAGUGUGUUACCAUUCCCCGUUCUCUAGAUGGGCGACUUCAAGUCUCUCACAGGAAAGGCUUACCCCACGUUAUUUACUGUCGUGUUUGGCGUUGGCCUGACUUGCAGAGUCACCACGAGCUGAAACCGUUGGAUAUUUGUGAAUUUCCUUUUGGAUCGAAGCAAAAGGAAGUUUGUAUUAAUCCAUACCACUACAAGAGGGUGGAAAGCCCAGUUCUACCUCCAGUGUUAGUGCCUAGACAUAGUGAAUUCAACCCACAGCACAGCCUACUAGUUCAGUUCAGGAACCUAAGCCACAAUGAACCGCAUAUGCCACACAACGCUACGUUUCCAGAUUCUUUCCAGCAGCCCAACAGCACUCCAUUUUCCAUUUCACCGAACAGCCCCUAUCCACCUUCUCCAGCCAGCAGCACUUACCCAAGUUCCCCGGCCAGUUCUGGACCUUCAAGUCCAUUUCAGCUACCAGCUGAUACUCCUCCUCCUGCGUAUAUGCCCCCUGACGAUCAGAUGGGGCAGGAUAGUUCGCAAUCUAUGGACACAAGCAACACUAUGAUUCCUCAAAUUAUGCCAAAUAUAUCCAGCAGAGAUGUUCAACCUGUUGCCUAUGAAGAGCCUAGGCACUGGUGUUCAAUUGUGUACUAUGAAUUAAAUAAUCGUGUUGGAGAGGCUUUUCAUGCAUCUUCUACCAGUAUCUUAGUAGAUGGAUUUACAGAUCCUUCUAAUAAUAGAAACAGAUUCUGCUUAGGUUUGCUGUCCAACGUUAAUCGGAAUUCAACAAUUGAGAACACUAGGCGACACAUUGGAAAAGGCGUUCAUCUUUACUAUGUUGGUGGGGAAGUCUAUGCCGAGUGCUUAAGUGACAGCAGCAUAUUUGUACAGAGCAGGAACUGCAAUUAUCAUCAUGGCUUUCAUCCUACCACUGUGUGCAAGAUUCCCAGUGGCUGCAGCCUAAAAAUUUUUAACAAUCAGGAGUUUGCUCAGCUUUUAGCUCAGUCUGUCAAUCAUGGAUUCGAAGCAGUUUAUGAGCUCACCAAAAUGUGCACCAUUCGAAUGAGUUUUGUAAAGGGUUGGGGAGCAGAAUAUCACCGGCAAGAUGUCACAAGCACCCCAUGUUGGAUAGAAAUUCAUCUUCAUGGGCCCCUGCAGUGGCUGGAUAAAGUACUGACACAAAUGGGCUCGCCUCUUAAUCCCAUCUCCUCUGUUUCAUAGUGCCGAAGUAUUCUCUUCAAGUUAAAUCUUUUUAGCGAACUUAUUCUAAUUCUAGAGAAACUUCCAAUGUGGAUACUGUGAGCUACAUGGAGAACAGAUAUUAUGGUUAAACUUCUUACCCUGGUGUGACCAAUUCCAUUGUGUAUCGAUGAUCAGUUUUACAUUUCAAUUUGUUCUUGUGAUACUCAAGUGACAAUUGAGACCUAAGAAAAAAAAGUCUAUUGAAAAUUUUAGAACGUUUUUUCCUUUCUUUCAUAUAAGACUUAAACAGGUAUUUGUCUUAACUGGAACUUUUUCUUUGUCAAGUAGGGACAAGAAUUUUGAAGACUGACUAUAGGGAGUAAAUACAUAUCAUAGAUUUUAAAAAAUAUAUAUAUUAAUAAACUGCUGAACUUGUGCAGCUCCAGCUUGCAAGCAGUAUUUUUAGUAAAGCUGCAUAACAGUUUUCGAUGACAAUUCAUAAACAAAAUUAGCCUUUAUUAUAGCUAAUUUUGCUUCAGUUUGAACAAUGUGAUUUAAGUGUACACAUGUUGAAAUUAUACUUUUUUUACAGAUACAGAAUGAUGUAAAACACUUGCAUAAUCUAUUGAAAAAGUGCCGUCAUAAACACACUGUAUAUUAAUUGCAAAGGAGCAAGCAUUAGCUUCAUUCCUCAUCACUUUUUUAAUAUUGCUUUUAACCACCGUUUAAAUAGUAAUUGAUGAAAGGUAAACUUCCUACACUUCUCUGGACUUACUAAUUCUUUUUUUCUUUCCUUUGAUUUAUGCCCGUACCAUUUGGAUGUUGUUGCCAAGGUCUAGCUUUUUUGUAGAUACCCCUGUGUAUUUUAGCAUAAACACUACUUUUUGUAAAGGCAGUACUUUUCUUGGAAAGAUUUAAGUGUUUUUUGGGUUUUUAUUCUUCCUAGUUGCUUUUGACCUGUGUAGAACUGGUGUGUGUUAAAGUCCUAGUCUCUCAACACUUAUUACAGUAUUAAUGAUUAAGCUGUAUUUAAUUCACUUUGCACAAAUUUGGUCUCUUCUGCUCAUGCUAGUCAAAGACUGAAUGGCUUAAAACUAAGUAAUUGAAUUUAAGCCCUUUCAUUUGUAAGUCACCCACACAAAUACAAACCUGUUUGUUAAUGAGCAAAAAUCAUUGCUACUAGUGGCCUUUAUGAUAAGUGGUCUUAGUCCAAUUUUUUAUGAGCAUCUGUCCCCUGGCAUAUAUAGUUUACCACUGUAUUUGCAGUCUUAGCAGAGAAACAAAGGAUUGAAUGGACAUAGAGGCUAUAUUGUUCCUUCCUCCACAUAGGAAACCCCUCAGAGGGACGGUGGAGGCGCACUGGCAGGGUGCUGUGAGAAGGGUUGGACAGCUGCUGCCUGUGCUGAAUCUGUCUUGUAGGGAGAGGGCAACACCCAGACUAUGAAUGCAAACACUGAAUACAAUCAUUUAAAGGGCAAGACUAUCUGGAAGAACCAUUUCAGUGAGGAACUGAGCUAAAAGAAAUGUAGAGCGGAGCCUUUUGACUGAACUCAGUUAUAGCCUGAUUCUAAUUCCCAAGGUUUGGUUUUUUUUCCCCCUUAAUAUGCAAUCAGGGCCUGUUAAUGCAUAUAAUAACUCUGACUUAUGCAAGCAAAGGUAAAGCGUUUGGGAAUUGGUAAAAAACUCUAAAGCUCAAGUACUUAAAAGAUGCCUUGUAGCUAGUUGCUGCAGUCCUUGGGUGUGUUGUGUGCUUACCUGAGUUAUUCUUGUAUUCUUUAUUGGUGAUAGAGCUUUUGCUGAAAUGUGGUGAUCCCUUCACCACAUGGUACAUUGGUAAAGAAUCACCUUAAAGGAACAAAGCUGUUUACAUAUCAAGAAAACAUGUUUCUUUUGAAAUGCCUUAAAGGAAUAAAGACAGAUUGAUACUUUCAUAGAGCUUUAAUGCUAUCUUGUACAGACAUUUACUGUUUUUUGCUUGAUUUUAUUUUAAAAUAAUUUUUCCUCCACCAUUUUAAACAACACCCCCGGCUCCCCCCUGAAAAAACACCAACCCUUCAGGACAAGAAGUAACAAUGCUUUGCCAUUUACCAGUCAGUCUGUUGCUUAUUUCUUUGAAUGAUAGCCCGUUGAUGGUUGUAUCGAAUGAGCUACAGACUCAGCUAUGCCCAUUCUUUGUCACUUUGUCAAUAUCAGCACUACAGCAUCUUGAUGAACUCAUGCUUUUAUUAAUGCCAUGAAAUGUGGCAUUAAAAAAGUAAAAUAUCGGUUGCAGGUAUAAAAUUUUUCUCCAUCCAAGGCUGAAUACUAGCUGGGAAUGGGGGUUUACUUGGGCAGGCAUGUUGGAGUUAAUUCCUAGUGCUAAUUUUGAGGUUAAGUUGGCUGCACAUGGUACUGUAAUUACAGCAGUGCUGCCAUGUGUAUCUAGUCAACUCUGGAUGCUGUUUAGCACUAAAAUAGCUUGGCUAGUGGUUGCCUACCUGCAUUUAUUUACUUGACCUGUAAUGCCAACAGCAGCCUGGGUUUCCUGGUAACUGCUUCUUCAGGACAAACAUGGAGGGGCAGGCUCACUAAAUAUUGCUCUGGUGCGCUUUUUUCUUUCUUUUUAUUUUUUUUAAGUGUUUAUUAACAGAAAGACUAGGACUCUGAGGCCUUUUAAAUGCAUAGUUUUGUAACUUAUGUUCUGCUUAUCAUAGCUUUUCCUAAAUCCUAUAUGGCCUGAGCUGUGCCGUUGGUGUAGCAGUUCAGGACUCUGUGCACAGAGGGGCAGAUGGAGAACUGCUUUGACACUAAAGAUGUUUAAAUUCCACGAUAGGAGCAGCAACCUCAGUUUUUACAGUGUAUUUGUGAAUGUAAUUGCUUCUUAAUUAAGAUUUGCUUCUAAUGAUGGAUGGAGUUAUUGGCCUGACCAGUUUGUCUACAAUGGAUGAUGAUGCCUCAUUAAGUAUAGCCCAGGUCACACUGAAUGAAAACAUUUUGGAAGCAGAGGCCAUGUGUAGAUGAAAUGAGAGGCAUGUGUGCACGACACUUCAAAGUGUGCUAAACGCUUUUGCACCACUUCAAUGGUGUCGGUGUUUGCAUGUCUUGGCGGCGCAUUGCACGUUUAAUUCCAGCCACUGUAGCAAAUUCAGUGGUGUAAUGUGCCUUAAAUGACUUGGGGCGCAGCAAACUAUAACUCCUCUGAGGAGGUUUUGGUUUGCUACCCCUACAGCCAUGGAGCGAAGCACUGGGCUCCAUGCAGCUCAGGGGCUCUGCAGGAAGCCCUGCAAGCAGCCUAGCAGCGGCCUGGGAACACAGUCUCCACACAAGAAAAGCAGCAAGCCUGAUCUCUCCCCCCCCGCGCGGAGCCUGCCUACCUGAGGUGUCCGGGGGCCCGGUGCUUCCCUCCAUGGCCACAGUGCCCUCCGGGACUGCCUGAGCCAGGUGCCUGC